GUUACCCUACAAAGCGGCGACGAGGGGAAUUCAUUCGUUGCAAUUUGCUACACUUUUGACCUUAUUGCAGUGGCCCGUGUUGGUUGCCGUUUUUUGGGCACAUAUUUUCUGCGGUCAUGAUCUGACGCGUCAACCGAGCGCGUCCAGGGUGUAACAACUGCAUACAAAAGGCUACCUAUUUACACACUAUUGUGGGGGCCACGACUGCCUCUGAAAGCUCUCAGUCACCCCUGGCCCCUAGUUCAAGGAGGCACCUCGGGUUGAUCACGGCCCCAACUAGCAGAAUGCUCGGGCUAGUAGCCUUGACAACAUGGCACAUCUUGCGGAGCUGGCAGCGUUGACAGACGAACUUGUUGCGGCCAUAACUGCCAUCCCAGAGACUCAACAUGAAAUGCGAAAUUCUUGCCGCGAGGCUACCUUGCGGAGUCUGCGCAGUCAUACCUUCAUUCGCACAAAUCAGUUCGAGGUUGAGGACCGCCUAAAUGGGCUCGAGGAGCGGUUCUCUGUCGUCGGUCGAGAUGGUUUGGCAGAGGCUUUGCGCACACGACUGAACGCAUUUGAGCCACAUCAGAAUCAGUUCACACCCGAAGUUCUGCAUUUCCUCUUGGAGCUCGCCGAUCAGCCGGCCCAAAACUCUAAGCUCAGCGACUUGGACGCCCUCGUCGAGCCCGAAGAAGACGCCCCACCACCAUUAACCUGGCGUGACAUUGCCAGGGAAGACGGCUGGAAAGAGGAAAGGGACAUUUGGAAAUUCAUCGACUAUUCCCUCGGAUCUAGCGACGAAGAGCAAGUUGACCUCCAGUCUGAAGCAUCUCUGGAGUCUCUCACAACAUCAUCUUCCACCGAAGACCAAUAUCGCCGCACGGCACAGGACCUGGCCACCAAGCCGCAAGGGGCCGAACCGUUGAAGCAGACCCAAGACGCUCAGGCUUGGAGACAUGCCUCCGCACAAGACGGCGAUAGAAGGUCCAGGAAGGUCCCCAUCUCGACCAUCCAGUUUCUUCGCGAGGCCCUCUUCAUGCUGGCCGGCCUCGAGACGAGCUUAUUCGACUUUGAAUGCAACCCUGUAGCGACAUACCAGCUUCGGGGGAUUUCCUGGGAUUCUUACAGGGCCCUUGCCACAUCAUUUUCCGAGUGUGGCCGGAAACUCGCACCUUUGCGGGACUACGUCGAAAACAGAGAGCAGUCACCCCUUCUGCAGGUCUUUCAAGACUGUUUACAAAAGGCCUUACAUGACCUCGACUCAGAACUGUCUGUGAUACAGACCAGCCUUGUUGCUAUCAAGGAAGACGUUGUCGUCAGCCUCAUCGGGGUGCUCGGGGAACUGGGCCCGAAACUCGCGCCGCUUUAUGUACUGGCAGAUAUUGUGCGCCAAGUCCAACAAGAGCGGAACCCCCAUGCCUUUCGGUACCUCGAACUCCUAUACGACGCGGCGGGGAUAGCCCAGCUGCAAGGCAAUAAUGCUACGUACCGACUACUGGGGACCAUUUUCUUCGACUGCUUCCAGGUCUACCUGAAACCCAUCCGGCUGUGGAUGGAGGAAGGGAAGCUUUUGCCUGGCGACCGAACGUUUUUCGUUUCCGAGUCGCCAGCGAAGCUACCGCUGUCCCAGAUUUGGAAGGGCCAGUUUAACUUGCUGCGCUCUCCUGAGGGUCACCUUCACGCACCCCGGUUCCUCAACCCCUCGAUUCAUCGCAUCUUCAUAGCUGGCAAGAGCAUUGUCGUGCUGAAACAUAUGAAGCAGCAUGAAUCAACCAAGAAAUACCGAGCCACCGCUGAACCGAGCAUGGACUUUGCGACGGUUUGUCCGGAUGAGCUUGAAUUCGCGCCCUUCAGCGAGUUAUUCGGCGCUGCCUUCCAGGCAUGGAUCCGAAGCAAACACCACACUGCAGCCGCAACACUCCGUGAACUACUCUUCAGCUCGUACAGUUUGUUUGAAAGUCUAGACGCCCUACAACACAUCUACCUAAUGUCAGACGGGUCAAUGGCCAACUCCUUCGCCUCGUCCGUCUUCCGGCAUCUCGACAACCUCAACAACAGCUGGCAAGACCGCUUCACCCUAACCGAGAUCGCUCAGGAGGCCUUCUCGGCUUGUCUGGACAGCUACCGACUCUCCGCAAACGUCGACCCGCGCGGCCUCGGAAACAGCGCAGUCCUCGCCCGAAGCUCCGUCCGCCACAGCCUCCCCUUCAUCCGACUCAACUACCGCCUCAGCUGGCCCGUACAGAUCGUCGUCCCCGAAGAGGACAUCCGCGGCUACCAAACCCUCUUCACCUUCCAGCUCCAAGCCCGCCGCGCCCUCUCCAUCCUCCAAUCCCCGCUCCCCUCAUCCCAGCGCGGCGGCCGCCGCCGCGGCCGCGCCGACAUGGCGCGCUACUACCUCCUGCGCAGCAAGCUCCUCUGGUUCGGCAACACCAUCAAGACCUACCUGACCACCCUGGUCCUGACCCCCAACACCGCCCGGCUGCGCGCCGACCUGGACGACGCCGCCGCCGACGUCGACGACAUGGUCGCCGCGCACGCCGCGUUUGUCGCGCGCGUCGUCGCCGAGUCGUGCCAGGGCUCCCGCCUGCGGCCCAUCCGCGACGGCGUGCUCGACGUUUUUGACCUGGCGCUCCGGCUGCACGAUGUCCAGCGUGCCGAGAUGGCGCGCCGCGAGGAGGAGGAGAUGGAGGUCUCGCGGCUGUCGGUCAUGGCGUCGCCUUAUAAGGCGUCCCCCGCCGCCAGGCCGGUGAAGAGGAGGAGGGUGGAGGAGGAUGAGGAUGAGGAUGGGGAUGGCGAGAGGUCGGGUGGGGAGGGACUGGGUUGGAAAGGGGGGGUGGGGGGUACAGAGAAACCGUAUGCGGUGGUUUUGGGGGAGUUGCAUGAGGAUUUUGAGAGGCAUUUGAGGUUUGUUGCGGCCGGGUUGAGGGGGAUGGCGAGGGCGAGUAAGGAGGAGGCGGCGGCGAAGUGGGAUUUGUUGGCUGAGAUGCUGGAGGUUGGGAUCAAGGAGUGA